CUGGGCUCUUGCUAAGGAUGCAGCCGUCUCUCAUUCGCCUCCAUGAGGAUGCUGGAUCGCGCACGGACGGACGGAGGCAAGCUCACCGGGUUGCUUGAACGCGCCCACACCCCGCACAUCAUCCCAUACGAUCACUUUUCAAAACUUGAGAGAACUAUGCACGGGAGUAGAUGCUGAAUAGCCGGGGGGGACCCGUUCUGCAUGCCGCCCUUCCUUCUACUCGUGAGCUGCAUCAGCUGUUGCUUUGGGAAAAGUGGCGACUCCCACUCUAAGGGCAUCGGAUACGAGCAUCACUCCGCUAUGCGCUCUCCGUCUCCCUGACUCCAGCGGAUGCUGCCUGCCUCAUUAAUAUUUCAUCAGCUCCCGGUAUCGCAUCAGCAUCUCUUCUGAUGGAGAAAGCACAACCUCAACAAGCACAGCCUCAGCUGUCUGCACCAAAGGCUUCGGAAAGUCCCGCAGAAGACAUUUCCAGCCUCACCGACGAGGAGCUCCUUCAAUUGAGCAAAGAGGAGCUGGUGCAGGGACUCCGGAGGUCUGAAGCCGAUAAAAUGAGCGUUAUUCUGGACCACAGCAAUCUGAUUCGGGAGGUGAACCGCAGCCUCCAGCUGCAUCUGAACGAGAUCCGGGGGCUGAAGGAUGUAAAUCAGAAGUUGCAAGAUGACAAUCGGGAACUGCGAGACCUCUGCUGCUUCUUGGACGAUGACCGGCAGAAAGGCAAGCGAGUGUCGCGCGAGUGGCAGCGCCUGGGUCACUUUAGCGCCAGCGUCAUGCGUAAGGAGGUGGCGCUGUACCUUCAGAAGCUGGCAGAGCUGGAGCGCAAACAGGAGGAGGUGAUUCAGGAGAACCUAGAGCUCAGGGAACUUUGUGUGCUGAUAGAUGAGGAGAAGGGAGUAAGCGGAGGAGGCCAUGGCGAAACGGGUUCCGUUGGAUGUCGCAAUUCCAUCGACAGCCAGAGUGGGCUCCUGGUGCCCGGCUUGAUGCGGGACGUUGGGGACGGAAGCAGCACGUCUAGUGCAGGAAGCGCCGACAGCUCGGAUCAUCCACACCAUAAGCCACAUCCUCCUGGGAACAGUAGCCCGGAUCUCCAAAAGUCACGUCUCGGGAAGGGCGGAGGAGAUCGCGGGGAGAUCUCCAGCCCUGAGCCACCUGUCCGACACAGAAGCACCAGCUUGGAGUAUCCCUUCGUUCUGCCUCAACCCUGCCGGCCUCGCUGUGGCUCCAUAUCUGUGCCUGACCACCGGCUGAUUAGAGGUCUCAGUCCGGAAAAGUACAGCCGGUCACUGGGCCACAGGAGCCCGGAGACUCAUCCGAAGCACCAUUUGGCUUCAGGACAGGUCAUGAAUCCAGAGCUCUACAUUCAGAGGCACAGGGGCAGUUUAGGGAGCGGACCUGGAAGCCCUGAGUCUAGACAGCUGCUCCUGGGAACAUCAGAGCUUCAUCGUGACAAAAGCAAGCUGGGAGGUAGUCCUGAGAUGCUGAGGCACCAGUACAACAUGGGACCUGAACACCGGAAGUUUGGCAGCCCUGGUAGAGAAGCGUCGCCAAGGAGACUGGCCGGAGAUGAGCUGUCUCCACACCAUCGGAGCAUUUACAAUGGAGUGAAUGCUUUGAUAUCAGCUGGAUGUUGCAGCAACAACUGCAGGAAUGUGAAGAUCUGGGACAGUUUCGAUGGCUCCUCUUGACCACACCUCACGUCUGUUUCAAGGGCCAGGUGUUUCAUCCCUUCAUCUCGGAUGCGAUGGGCUGGGAAGUCAGAGCCCAUUUCAGUUGUCAUAACAGCGAUUUGCUUUGGGGACCUCUGGACAAGGUGCAGUCAUUUCAAAGAGACUGAAGUGAGACACAAAAUGUUUUUCCUGCCAGUCCCGGUGUAAGAAGACGCUCGCACAAUACUCAGUCACACAUAGAGCUGUGAGAAUAUAUAUUAGUGUCCUGUGGUUUACAGAUGUCUAACAGUACUGCAUCCGGGUACUCAAACAGUAGAGACGUUCCCUUCUCUAUAUACAGUACGUGUCUCUCCGUGUCAUUCUCACUAGCACUAGGACACAUAAAUCAAGACGCUGUGGCUUACUCAAAGGUGCUUUAGUGUUUCUUUUGAACCGAAACUGAAAUAUACAUUGUUAAUUUUUCAUCAAACCUCUUUGAAGGAGCAUCAGUGUUUGUUGGUCUUUCCAUUUCUCUGUUCGUUUUUAACAUGGGUGCAAUGAUGUUUGCAUAUGGUACAAGAGAAACGGACUGUACAUGUUGUCGUCAGUGUUUGGCACUGAUUUCGUGUGUGUGUACGUGUGUUUGUUGGCUUUAUCGCUUAGCUCCUGUAUAUAAGCUGAUGAGGUUUCAUGUUGUAGACAGAACUACAACAUAGUACACAUAGUAAAUUAAUGGAUUAGUUUUAUAUGCAUAUAAUGACUAUUAUUUUUGACUUACAGCUAUUAUUAUAACGGUAAUAAUAUAUAUAUAUCUAUGUGCAAAAUAUUAAAGGAUUUUUAUUACUUA